GUGUGUUUGGCCGAAGGAGUUUUGGAGAACGCGUGUGGAUUUACGAUUUCGUCAUGCUGUUUUGAGAUGUGUUGAUAUUCUGACAGUGACUUGAAUUUGGGUGUGUUGUUAGUGGAAUAUGGGCGUCGGAAAUUCAAACUUUAUUUGAGAUUCAAGUUGGAUAAGCUCGUUUCCGAAGCCGAGUGCCUGGUGCUCUCGAUCUCGCUGGCUCCGGUCGUUCUGCUACUGGUGGACAUGAGGAAAGUACUAAGGAAAGGCAUCAACUGACAGCAACAAUGACGAGCAAAGGAGGGGUUCCUCAAAUUAUGGUCUUUCGACCAACCUACGAGGAAUUCAAGGACUUCGCAAAGUACAUCGAGUACAUUGAGUCGCAGGGCGCCCACAAGGCUGGCGUCGCAAAGAUCAUUCCUCCAAAGGAAUGGGUUCCCAGAAGAAAUGGCUUCAAGGUGGAAGAUAUAGGCGACAUGGUGAUCAAGAAUCCCAUCUGCCAGGUGGUGACUGGCCGGCUCGGCUCCUACACCCAGAUCAACGUGCAGAAGAACGCCAUGACGGUACGCGACUUCUACCGCAUGGCCAACAGCGCCACCUACCAGACGCCGCCGCACGACGGUCUGGAGGACCUGGAGCGCCGCUACUGGAAGAACAUCACCUACGUGUCGCCCAUCUAUGGUGCUGACGUGUGCGGCUCGCUCACCGAUCCUGACUGUGACGUGUGGAACAUCAACAAGCUGAGAACCGUGCUGGAUUACGUGGAGGAAGACUACGGUAUCAGCAUUGCCGGCGUCAACACGGCCUACCUCUACUUCGGCAUGUGGAAGACCACGUUCGCCUGGCACACCGAGGACAUGGAUCUGUACAGCAUCAACUAUCUCCACUAUGGAGCGCCCAAGUCCUGGUACGCUAUACCGCCGGAGCACGGCCGGCGAUUGGAGCGACUAGCCGUCAACUUCUUCCCGUCCGAGGCCAAACAGUGCCAGGCCUUCCUGCGGCACAAGAUGUUCCUGCUCAGCCCGCAGAUCCUCAAAAAGUACUCCAUACCCUUCAACAGGAUCACCCAGGAGGAGGGCGAGAUAAUGAUCACGUUCCCCUACGGCUACCACUCGGGCUUCAACCACGGCUUCAACUGCGCCGAGUCGACCAACUUCGCCUCGCCGCGCUGGGUCGAAUACGGCAAGCGGGCCACCCUCUGCCACUGCAAGGACGACAUGGUGCGUAUCAGCAUGGACACGUUCGUACGCCGCUUCCAGCCGGAGCGGUAUGAGCUCUGGCUGGCCGGAAAGGACGUGGGCCCGCACCCGGAGGACCCCAGCCGCAACACGCCCGCCAACAGGCCCACGCACGCCGAUGUGGUCUGCAACAAGAGCACUGAGGAGAUGGCCAAGGUGACUGCGCUGAUCGACUCGCAGCAGAAGCGUCACAAACGUCACCCGAUCCACAAACGGAAGGGCUCCGACCGGCUGGAGGGCGACCAGCAGCUACUGGCGCUCAGCGACCUCUACGAGCGUGACGAAGACUCUGACGGCGAUGACGGCGACUCAGAUGACGAUGAUUACGAGGAGGAGCGCCGUCCGCGCCACAAACGUCACCGGCUCUCGUUCACGGCCGCUGACGGCUCGCCGCAGCUGCAGGCUGAGCCUGUAGUAGAGCUGGAGCGUCUGGAUUCGAUCACUGGCGGCAACUGUGACGAGCCCCACCAGCGCCACCGCAAGCGUCACCUGGUGCACGGCAGUCGGAGGAUCACCUUUGAGCCGACCGGCGACGGCGCGGCGCUGCGCCGUCGGCUGAUGGCGGCCGUUAGGCACCGCCGGCGUGCCCCGGACCCGACAGUCGCCGCUGAGCUGCAGAAAGCGCUGGCAGAGGCCGCCCAGGAGCUGCCCAAGCUGUUAGAUGUGAGCGAUGAACAGCGCGAGGCGGCGCGAGAGGCUGAGGCUAAGACGCUGGCAGAAGAUGAGCAGCGUCGACUGGAGAAGGUGAAGAAGGAAGAAGAGAAGAAGGCGGAGGAGAAGGCAGCAGCUGCUGCAGCUGCCGCGGCUGAGGCAGUGGCUGAGAUAAAGGCCAAAGAAGAGGAGCGGGCGAGGCUGGCCCUGGCGGCGCCGGGCCCGUCUGGGGUGAGCUCUCGUCCGUCCGCUGCGCCCGCUGACAGCUCCGGUGUACCAGUACGCAGGAAGUCGUUCAAGAAGGAAUCCAAAGACCCGAAGACAGCGGCUGCGCUGGAGGAGUCUCGACUAAAAGAGGAGGCAGUGAUUCAGAACAUUCUGAAGGCAAUGAGAGAGGAGGCUGGCUCCUCGGGUGCUGUGUUGGAAAAGAAGUUCAAGAUUCCGAAGAAGUCGCGUCAGCCGUUGUCGCCCGAGAGGCGAUCGUCAACGGAUGGCGGCACUGCGCCUUCGACUUCUCAGCUAAACGGCUCUCACGGCACGUGGCCCAGCGACUCGCGGCCAGCGCCGCUGCCGCCGCCGCCGCCCGACCCGACCGCUAUCGCCACUGCCACGGCCGCCUCGCAGCAGCCGUCUUUUUUAGCGGUGGGCACUGGGAGGGAUCCGGGGGGCCUCCCAGUGCGCGCCGCGACGUCGGCGACCACCGCUCCCCCUGCGCCGGUCCGGCGCCGCCUGCCGGCCGGCCUGCUGCACUGGCUGCGCCACCUGGUGGGCUGCCGCUGGGACCGCACGGCGCGCCGCCGCCGGCUCACCAGACUGCUGGACGAGCCGCUGCCGGAGCCGACCCGGCGCGGCCUGCUGCGCCUCCUCAAACAGACGGUGGCGGCCAGCGGCUCGGCGACGCCGCCGCGCUCUUCCGUGGAGGGCUUCAGCAGCAGCAGCAGCAACAACACCAGCAGCUCCUCCAACACCACCAGCAACAGCAGUACCCUCCCGCUGCACAGUCCGCCCCAGCCGCCGCCGGAUGGGCAGAUCAGCGCCAGUGGGAGAACGCAAAACUCUGGGAUAGGGACAGAGGAGACGGUCCAUCCCGCGAGCUUGAACGACCGUGGGGUGACGCCCGCGCUGAUGGACAUGCCUGGCCUGAUCGGCGCCGAGAGUCUAAACCUUGGACUGGCGACCGACCUGAUGCUCAGCACUGGGGCGGUGAGCGCGGAGACGGUCGGCCUUGGCGUGAUGAGCGACGGGAUCAUCAGCGCUGGCAUGACGACCGGCGAGACGGCCAUCCCCGUGCUCCAGCCCAAUCCCGAGCCCCCGCCGGCCAGCCUUACGGCAACGGACAUCCAGAGCCGCGGGGUGGCGAGCGUCCACACAGAACUCGCUGGGACAGCGGUCAGCGGGAAGGAGAACAGUGGGGCGGCGGCCGGCCCGUCAGAACUCGCUGGGACAGUGGUCAGUCCGACAGUCAGCACUGGGCCGGCGCCGAUCACAGAGAUCCGGCUGGUCGCGCCGCCGGCCCUCCCGCCGGUCCCCGCGGCCGCGGAGGGCCGCCCAGAGGUCACGGCGCCGCCGGUCCGGACGGUGACCACUGGCGGCACCGGCCCCGACCCGACGCUCACCACCAAGGUACAAAUUGGCCGCCUCAGGGAGACGCUGUCGGUGCGCCUGCGUACGGCCGCGGACAGCAGCCUGUGCCGCCCGCCCACCGCGGCGGCGGGCCCGGCUGGCGGCCGGGACCCGACGGCCAUCAUCUGCACAAUCGCCACCGCGCCGGCGGCUGGGGGCCCGCCCCGCGCGGCGACCAGGCCGCCGGCCCCGGCUGGCAGCGGCACGGUCGCGGUCGGCCGGACGGCGCGUGGCGUGGUGACGAUCGGCAGAGCCGCUGGGGCUCUCGGCACGACAGCAGCGGCAGUGACGCGUCCUCCGCUGCCUACCGGACUGAUCAGGGACGCGUGGAUGGCGGCGCCGGCGGCGGUGUCCCAGGGGCCGCCUCAGACGCCAGCAUCAACCCAUGGGCCGCUGCUGACAUCGACCGGCGUCCCGGCCUGCCGACCGGCGGUCCUGCCGAGCGUCUCCCACUGCCGACCGACUCCGGCGGCGGCCAGCGGGCCCAGGACACCCCCGCCGAGCCGCCAGCCGCGGCAGCCGGUGGUUCUCUCACCGGACAAGGCGCGCCUGCUCAGGAGUCUUCUGUCGCAACUACGGCAGCACUGCUCGACCUCUGGCGACAGCUGUCUGCCGCGCAGCAGUUCUGGCAGCAGCAGCAGCAGUGGCAGGCCGCCCGACACAUGUCCGGUGGUGGACUUCAGCAGCAGCAGCAGCAGCCCGGGCCGCGCUGAGGCGCCGCCCCCGCCGCCGCCCCCGCCGCCGGUGCUACCGCCGGUGCCAGUGCAGGCGCCGCGGGCAGACCCGCCGCCGGUGGUUCUCCCGUCGCCGGCCGAGGCACCCGGCCUGGAGCUGAUCCACCAGGCGAUGAUGCAGCUGGAGAACGCUAGUCCGUCGCCGCCACCCCCGCCCCCGCCGCCAUCCUCGGCUCCUCUGCCGGUUGUGAACGACAAUGUUCCAGUAGUGAAGACGGAGCCUGCCCAUGACACGGUGGAGGAGCAGAGGCACACGUCCGUCGACUCCGAGUCCGACGGAGAUGACACUGCCACAGACUCAGACAGUGAGUUGGACGAGGAUCCGGAGCCGUGGCUGGCGCCGUCCGCCGACUGGGCGGCCCCUCUGACCGGCCUGUGGACGCCUCUGAAGGACCCCGGCGACCGCUCAGACCUCGUGCGGGCCCACAACCGGCAGCGGAGCCGCGUACCGCCUCACUGCGCCGUCUGUCAGCUGUGGGCGCCGCCGGCCGCCCCCGCCCCCGCCCCCGCCCCCGCCGGAGCGGAGCCGCCCGCCGCCGCACCUGUCUGGUCCAGACACCGACGGCCGUCUGGCUCCAACACCGUCCCCACAGACGUGGCUCCGCUGCUGGUGUGUCGUCUGUGCCAGGCCUGUGUGCACGCCCGCUGCUACGGCCUGCCGGACGUACCGGCCGAGCACGGCUGGACGUGCUCACCGUGCUCUCAGACGCAGCAGCAGGCCGGCCUUGCCGCUCCGUCCAGCUGCGCGCUCUGCUGUCUGCGCGGCGGCGCCCUGACGCUGGGAGCUGAUGGUCGGGCGGUCCACCUGGUGUGUGCCGCUCUCCUGCCGGCAGUGGUGGUCACCGGGCCGGGCGAGAGGACAGCCACGGCACCCUUCGAUAGACACAGGCGUUGCGACUACUGCGGCCAGUGGCGCGGCGUCGGUGUCCGCUGCAGUCAGCCCGAGUGUGACGCGCUGAUGCACGUUACCUGCUGUCAGGCGGCCGGCGGACGGUUCUGUCCCCAGCCGGCCGGCCUGGCGCCCCUGGUCACCUGUCGAGAGCACGCCGGGCCGCAGGAGUCGGGUCUGACGGUGGGCGAGUUGGUGUGGGCGCGUCACCGCAGCGGCCUCUACCACCGCGCGCUUCUCGCCCAGCUCAGCUCGGAGAUCAUGUACACGAUCCGGUUCGAGGACGGCUCCGUCAGCCGAGACACGUCGCCGCAGCACAUCGCCAACUACAACUGCACGUCGGACGGCGCGCCGCCGCUGAACGCGCGCGUGCACGUACACUGGACGGACGACCGCUUGUGGCCGGGCGUAUUCUGCGGCGAGAAGACGCACGUCCAGUGCCAGGUGGUGUUCGACGACGGCUGCCGCCUCAGCCUGCCGCGCAGCCGCGUCUACGGUCUGCACGAGCAGCUGCCCAAGAGGAUCGCCAACAAACUGGCGGACAGCCUGGAGCAGCAGGCGCCGCGGCGCGCGCCGGCUGCCGGCCGCCGCCGGGCGCCCAAAGCCAACCGGCGCUACACUGACAGCCUGUUCGCCUGAGUCCGAUCUCAGCUACACACCACCGCCCAGUACAACGCCCCUUCUCGGCGCGCGCCUGCCUGCCCGUGCGCUGCCCUAGCUGUCCGUCAGUGUGCGAGUGUGUGUGCGCCUCAUCGCCGCCCCGUGCCGUGCCGUGCGGCCUGUACAUAGGGGGGCGGCCUGUACAUAGCGAGCAGCCCGCCGUUCACUCUCAUCGUCUCCAGUUCACCUGUAUUGCGUGUUGUUUGAUUGGUUACUGCCGGCAUCCUGCUUCUGCCGGCUCGCUUCUCGCGCUAUUCUGUCGGGCUGGGCCCGUCCGGGUCGCCUCAUCACCGGCUGGUGCGGCGCCGUCCGUUUAAACCUCACUCCUGGACAACAUUGUGACUGGCGCCAGGCUGCGCCUGUGCCGGGGUAAAGAGACGUGUGUUAAUCCCGAGCCAGAUGACCCGCGAUAACCCUGUAGGGAGCUGACCCCACUGUGGAGACUGUUCCGCUGCCGUGCCCCGCUGGGAUGUGGGGGGAACCGGGGCGGGCCGGCGCCCGCCUCCGCUGCCGCGUGCUGUCUGAUUCGCCGCGAAAUCCAGUCUGUAUGCAAGACAGGACGUGCACCUAUUACGGAAUGAGUUAUAUCUGAGGAAUAUAGCGUGAAGUGAA